AUGGCGCAUUUCAACACCAUGGCCAGCCCUCAAACCAUCUCGUCACGCACUGCGACAUCACCGUCUGGUAGUAGAACUAUGCAAAGUCGCCCUCAGCCCGUCCUCCGUUUGUCGGCUCCAUCGGGCGUGCUGCGCCUACGAGCAGAACCGUCAGAGAGGCGACACAUCCAGUGGGCUGAGGAUGUAAUCGACAACGAAGGCAUGGGCAAAAAGUCAUCAAAAGUCUGCUGCAUCUACCACAAACCCCGCGCUGCCGACGAAUCUUCCGACGACGACUCUUCAGAUUCUUCAUCUGACUCCGACUCUGACUCUGAGCCCGACAACAGCACCGCCCGACCUGCGGGGAGGAUCGGCGGCGCACGAGGACGACGACCACACCAACGCGACCAUGAUGAUUGCGGAGACGUUCACGAUCACGGUGAGGGACCGAGCCAGCCGCAGAAGCACCGGAGGCAGCGGAGGAAGCCUAGCCCGAAUGCGUACGAGAAGAUGCCGAAGCAGAAGAAGUAG